GCCGUUCUUAAGCGAGUUCACUGGGCGCGCGCGCAUUCAGUAACCACAGAUUCUUGGAGCAGUUUAAUUCCUGUCCGAGAGAUCAACACCAUUUACGGUAAUUUGUGGGUUGCCAGCAAAUGUCUUCCUUUUAAAAAUGCCAUCAGCUAUAGUGGAGGUCUGUUUACGGAGUGAUCUUAAAAGCCUGUGGUGUCUGUUGUUAUAGCGGUUGCCUGGAGGCAUCAGCAGCAUCACUUUCCUUAGAGACUUCCUGGGAUGCAAAGAGCAAAAGCACGAGACGCAAGACAGAUACACUGCCGUCUUCCCUCCUAGCGGAUCGUCAUACUUUUCCGUGUACAUCUUCUGACAACGCUUUAAAUAGGCUCUAACUGAGGUUCCGUAAUGUGUGGACACGUUCAGAGUGAAAAUCACGAAAAUUUGGUGGUUUGAGCUUGGUUUCGGCUAUUUUUAUCAUCAAACCAGUGUUACUUUUUGAAAGCUGCGGGCUUUCCUCCCGAGGUGCUAACCAAGACGGUAUCGCAGCCUACCUACGCUGGAAGGAAGACUCCCAUCACAGCAAUUGAUACGUCGCCUACUUUGCCACCUCGACGCUUCUCAUUUCAGCUCUAUGCGAAUUGUUGCCUGUACUAAGGUCCCUCUCACAGGGCUGACCUGAGAUGACCCUGGCGGAAUGUAGGCCGCUCCACGCUCGCUGCAGGAGGCGGAGACUGCGAGCGGCGGCCAUGAAGCUCCCCUGCUCCUUCUGGUUUCUCCUGCUGUUCGGGGCCGGAGGCCUGGUGCUUUUCAUCCACCUGCAGGACCUCUCCGAGAUGGUGCAGCAGCAGGCUCCAGGUGUGAAGUUUAGAGUCACGCCCCGUCAGACCAUGAGAAAGGACUUGUGUGCGCGUGACCCAGAGGGUGUGAGGAGUCACGCAGGCCCCGCUGAGAGGCUAGAGGCAGACCCAGACACCCUGUCCAGUCCCAUCCCGCCCAUGCAGUUCCCCGCCUUCGAUUGGCCGCGCCAGCGCCCGACGCCCGGCUCCCGGGAGCUGGACCUCCUCAGCCCCGCCCAGGUCACCAAGCGCCACAGGAAGCUGCUGCUCAAGAACCCGCCCUUGGCGCGGCCUCUCAACUCCUCCUCCGCCCCGCUCCCGGACCGGUGGCGCCGGCUCUCCCAGGUCCAGGAGGCCCGCAAGCGGCUGGUGCGGGAGGUGUGCGCCAAGUACAAGAGCAACGUCAAGCGGGCCGUCACGCCCCACCACGUCUCGCGCAUCUUCGUGGAGGACAGGCACAAGCUGCUCUACUGCGAGGUGCCCAAGGUGGGCUGCUCCAACUGGAAGCGGGUGCUGAUGGUGCUGGGCGGCGCCGCCGCCUCCACCCGCGAGAUCAAGCACGACGCCGCCCACUACGGCAACCACCUCAAGCGGCUGGACGCCUUCGACCGGCGCGGCAUCGCCCAGCGGCUGGAGACCUACACCAAAGUGCUCUUCGUCCGCGAGCCGCUCGAGAGGCUGGUGUCGGCCUUCCGCGACAAGUUCGAGAACCCCAACUCCUACUACCACCCGGUCUUCGGGAAGCCCAUCAUCUCCAAGUACCGGGCCAACGCCUCGCAGGCGGCCCUCAGGACAGGCGCCGGCGUCACCUUCAAGGAGUUCAUGCAGUACCUCCUGGACGUGCACCGGCCCGUGGGCAUGGACAUCCACUGGGAGCACGUCAACCAGCUGUGCAGCCCCUGCCUGCUGGACUACGACUUUGUGGGGAAGUUCGAGACCAUGGAGGAGGAGGCCAACUUCCUCCUGAGGAGCACCGGCGCCCCCGGCAACCUCACCUUCCCCAGCUUCAAGGACCGGCACCCGCAGGCGGAGCGCACCUCCGCCCGCAUCACCCAGCGCUACUUUGCACAGCUCAGCGCCUCCGAGAGGCAGCGGGCCUACGACUUCUACUACAUGGACUAUCUGAUGUUCAACUACUCCAAGCCUUUUAAAGACCUGUACUGAGCCCCGUGUGAGGCUGUGCUUUAAGGACUAUGCGCUUAACGGGGUUAAAGUCAAACUCAUCGUUCCCUUUCUAAAAGUUACACAAAGUUACAUAAAGGACAGAACAAGCAAUACUUACGUCAGUAAAAUCACCUGGCCGGCCAUCAUGACCGACUCUGCGCUACACAUCAAACACAGUCAUUAUUUUGACGAUAAUACGACAAAAGCUUUCCGAUCAAGAGUAAAAUGAGCUCUUCAAAAAGUCUCUCUGAAAGUUGUUCAAUAUCCCCUACAAAAUGAAUAGAUUAAAUGUAAAACAGAACUCAGUGCAUUAACUGGUGGGCACCGUCCGUGCUCUUCGCCAAAAAAUGAAUCAAACAUUUCAGGAGACUUGGCUCAUACACUGAACCUGAACCUCUCCAAAUGCACAGUGAAGUGAGUAAUUGGCAGCCCACAGUAAUAUAGGAGUAUUCCCUCAACAAAAUACAAAAUACAGUCCACCACCAGGCAGGCUGGUCCCUGUGUACACCCUUAGACGUCCCACCCUCAACCCUCCCAUGAACCACUGUACUGCCGUACUGUCACAAACCAGUGUUCUUUCUCUUUACCUUCUGGGGGGGGGGAGCUACUUAAAAAUGUAAAAUACUUUCAGAUAAAUAUAUAUAUAUAUAUUUUUAUAUGACUUUGUAAUAAUGGGCUGCAGCAUAAUCAAAGCUUUUUUCCCGUGGAGUGCUUUCAAAUUUACUGAGAUGACAUGUUGUUCUAUCAGUAUCAUUAUUACGGUGCACGUACAAGCGCCUGGCCUUUUCUUGGGGGCCUUCCUGGGAAUUCAUCGAGCGGCAGACGCCCCCCAAAAAGAGCUACCGUACAUUUCCUCUAAAGGGAUUAAACCCUAUGCUUAGCACUGGUAUGUUUAUGAGGGAAGCAGGGCAUUCACAGAGGGAGAACAAGGUGUCUGCUCUGUGAAAGCGCUGAAAACGCUCCCGUCACCACUGAGGUGGACAGAAAGCAUUCACAGGGGGUACCUCUUUCUCCCACCCGUUGAGCAACAGUAUGUGUGGACAGCUCAGUAGAAAAGACUCGCUCCGUUGUAACUUCUGCUACAGAUGACACGUGAUUAUAUGCAACCUAAGAUCUGAGAGCGGUCUCUUUAAAAAAAAGUGCAGCACAUUACCGCACAGUAGUUGGAGGAGUGGUUCUCGAACUGCGGAUUCGGACAUCAGUAGUGGGUCAGCUGAGGGGUUUAGGUAAGUUGUGAGAUACAGCUGGAAACUAUACUGUAUAUUAUACUGUUCUCAUUUACAUCGCUGCGAGUGAGUUUAAACACUCCACUAGCUUAAUCCACUGCAAGCAAUGAAAUGUAGCCAUUUUAACAUAUGUUAAAAGUAACUCAACAUAUGGACUUAUGUUGGCCUACAUUUUUAAAAGGGGUGAGGUCAUAAUAAAGGUUUGUCUCAUCAAGCAGGUUCCUGGGUUCAGAAAAUUUGGGUUCAGUUUCUGUGACUUUCAAAACAGACAGAAACAAAAGAAAUGGUUGUACAUCCUUCUUACUUUCACAAAAGACUUCACAAACUAUUUUCUUUCACCAAUGAUAAAUGAAAAACAAUCCAAAAAAAAUGUAUCGCUCUACUUUGAAUAUAUUUUUUGAAAGCAGAAAUACCUUUAUUCUCUGUUAUGAAGGAAAAUCAUAUAGGAAAUGUUUAUAUGGUGUGUCAGCUUUGCGGCUCCCAAAUAAUCGAUCUGUUGUUCCGAAGGUCUUAAAUGUGCUGAAUAUGUGUUGGUAGUUGCUAUGGCUAAACGAUUAAAAAGGUGAAUGUGACUGUAACCUUGAAAAAUGAAGCACAUGCUACUUUUCCUCCCUCCCCUCGAGGUUUCUGGGUAAUAUAUGGACACAUGGGUAUCAUGCUGAUAUAUUCAAACGUACGCUGUAACAAGUGAAUGUAUAAUUGUUUUAUCGUCAGUGCACAAGUUGUACAGGAACAUGAACUCAAACCCUUUGCCUUAUUGUACACUGCCAAUUACCCAGUGUAUUUCAGGAAGACGUUCUUCAGGAGGGCAGUUUCGCUUCUGCCGGGUGUCUAUGAAUAAAUGUUUUCAACCGUC